UGUUUACAGCGUAGAUCCGCCCGGCCGAACAGCGGCGGCCGGAGGCAGACGGAGUUUGUGCCCCUUGGCGAAUGUGGGGGCGCGGUGGCCGCAGAGUCCCCCGUGUUGGCGGUAGACCCCGGGACGCCGGAGCGCCUGGCUCGGCCUGGAGCAAAGCAGAACGAUCGGUUCAGGGAAAGAGCCGGUGGGCGCAGAGAUGGGGGCGGGCAGACCUGGAGCUUCCGCCGCCGCCCUCGCCGCGGGAGCAGGUGAACCAAGGAAAUUUGACCCGAAGUUCAGAGGACCUAUUCAUAACAGGCACUGCACAGAUAUUAUUUGCUGUGUGAUCUUCAUAGUUGUCAUUCUGGGUUACAUUGCAUUAGGAGUUGUGGCUUGGGUGCACGGGGACCCCAGGAAAGUGAUUUAUCCAACUGACAGCUAUGGGCAGUUCUGUGGUCAGAGAGAUACCCUCAAUGAGAACAAGACCAUUUUGUUUUACUUCAACAUCCUGAAAUGUGCCAGCCCCGUAGUGUUAAUAAACCUACAGUGCCCUACAACACAGCUUUGUGUCUCAAAGUGCCCAGACAGGUUUGCAACCUACAUUGAUGUUCAGGCUUCCUACAGAUAUAGACCAGAUCAGUGGAAUUACUUCAGACAAUUCUGCAAACCUGGCUUUAACAAUCCUCGCAAGUCUGUUGCUCAAGUCCUACGUGAUGAAGAUUGUCCUUCAAUGAUCAUUCCAAGCAGGCCUUUUCUGAAGAGAUGCUUCCCAGACUUCUCCACGAAGAAUGGUGUGUUGACCGUGGCAAAUCAGACUACAUUCAAAGAUGGAAGAGGGAAAACAAGAAAUGUAACUGAUCUCAGGGAAGCUGCAAAUGGCAUCAAUAAUGUCCUGGAUGCAAGAUCAGUUGGAAUGAAAAUUUUUGAAGACUAUGCCAUUUCUUGGUAUUGGAUUUUAAUUGGACUGUUCAUUGCAAUGAUGUUGAGUCUGCUGUUCCUUGUGUUAUUGAGGUUCACAGCUGGGGUUCUCUUCUGGAUUUUCAUCUUUGGUGUGAUUGGAAUUAUAGGUUAUGGCAUCUGGCAUUGUUACUGGGAGUAUGAUCAUCUAAAAGGAAUACCUGGAUCUGACCUCACUGUUUAUGAUAUUGGAUUCCAGACAGACUUCAAAGUGUACCUGCAACUGAGGCAAACAUGGUUAGCAUUUAUGAUAAUACUUUGUGGUGUUGAAGUCAUAAUCAUACUGAUGCUGAUCUUCCUAAGAAAUCGGAUUCGGAUUGCUAUUGCACUGUUGAAGGAAGGUAGUAGGGCAAUUGGCUAUAUAAUGUCUACACUGUUCUACCCAAUCGUCACCUUCUUACUCAUUGCAAUUUGUAUUUCCUACUGGGCUGUGACAGCUGUUUUUCUGGCCACAUCAGGAGAACCUGUGUAUAAAGUAAUGGCUAAUCAAACACUGUGCAAGUAUGCAAACCUGACUUGUGACCCAGAGACUUUUAACACAACCAAUGUGACUAAAUUGUGCCCAGGUGCUCAGUGUACUUUUGCUUUUUAUGGAGGAGAAAGCCUGUACCAUAAGUACAUCUUCAUCUUCCAGUUAGCCAAUGCCUUUGUCUUUCUCUGGCUGGUGAACUUUGCAAUUGCACUGGGUCAGUGUACCCUUGCUGGUGCCUUUGCCUCUUAUUACUGGGCUUAUAGAAAACCAGCUGAUAUUCCACUGUGGCCACUCUUCUCUUCAUUUGGACGAGCAAUACGAUACCAUACAGGUUCGCUGGCAUUUGGAGCCUUAAUUCUUGCAAUUGUCCAGCUUAUUAGAGUAAUACUGGAAUACCUGGAUCACAAACUGAAAGGUACUCAGAACUCCUUCACUAGAUUCCUACUCUGCUGCCUCAAGUGCUGUUUCUGGUGUUUGGAAAAAUUCUUAAAAUUUAUAAACAGAAAUGCCUACAUCAUGAUUGCCAUAUAUGGUAAAAACUUCUGCACCUCAGCAAAGGAAGCAUUCUUUUUGCUCAUGCGGAACGUGGUGAGGGUUGCAGUUUUGGACAAAGUUACAGACUUCCUUCUAUUUCUGGGGAAAAUCCUUGUUGCUGGUGGUGUAGGUGUUCUUGCAUUCUUUUUCUUCACACAGAGAAUACCAGUCUUUGCACAGGAAGUGCCAAUGCUAAAUUACUACUGGGUACCAUUGUUGACGGUCAUCAUUGGCUCCUACUUAGUUGCACACGGGUUCUUCAGCGUCUAUGCAAUGUGUGUCGACACACUUUUCCUCUGCUUUUGUGAAGACCUGGAAAGAAAUGAUGGAUCUACAGCAAAACCCUACUUCAUGUCAGCUAGCCUCCACCGAAUUCUAGGGAAGAAGAAACUAAGCCCUAAGAAGGCAGCAGGAUAAUGAACACUAAACCUCAACAUCAAAAAGUGUCACUUUUAAGCAAAACGUGUAUAAAGUAGGCAAAAGUAAAAACUGUAAAUGAUGCUUCUGGUUAAUGGCUGAUUCUUUUUUCCUUUUGCUUAUAUUAAAAAAAAAGAGCAACAUUAGUAACAUUUAACUAGUUUAAAUGUUUAAACUAACAGCUGUGAAAACAAGGCCACAUUUUAGUUUAUAGAGUGCCUAUGAAAAGGAAAAUGUAAAUUUGAAACUUUUAUAAGUGUAUGAUGUUUUAAUAACUUUUGUAAUACAAGUUGCUGCCUUAGAUGACAGCAGUUUUGAUAAUGUUUCUUACAAGUGUAUAUUUGUAAAAGAAAUUCAGGCGAUUUUUGAAAGCACUAACGUAUAACCUAAUUAGCCAUAAAAAAAGAUAGUUUGAGACUCCAGUUAACGAGGAGAUGGUACUAAAUUUGUAAAUAUGGUGCUAUGAUUGUAUUUUUUUGUACAAGCUGGUUUGCAGCUAUUUAAACUGUGAUUAUACAUGCAUUAAUGAUUUCCUACACUGAAAAAUGUAGUGAUAUUUUAAUCACGUCCACAACUGCAUCUUUUAAGACAUGAUGGUACCCUGCAGAUCCCAAAGAAGGUAGUCAGAAAAUACUCAAGUUGAUACUGCUUAAAGUGAAGUUUUAUGGGAGUUGUGCUUAAAAGAUUAUGUAACUGAGAGAAGGUCACACUGCAGCUGAAGUGAUUUGUGGUUUACACAAAUGAGGUUUCAUCUGGUACAAGAUGGUGAAUGUAUAAUUUUUAGCUGAUGUCUAAGAGAGAUGCACAUGUAUUAACAUCCCGCUAACCCUCACAAGUCUCUGAUUGUGUUCUGUGUUACAGGGAGGUUGAGCUUCACUGAAAGGAAAACUAAAUGCAGUCCUUUUUUCGUUGAACGAAAGCCUUCACUCUGUGUGCGUGCACAAGGAGUUCCAUUGCCUCUGCCUAGCUUAGAAGGGCUCCAAGCCAUUGGAAUGACUUUGCAGGUGCAGAGGGCUGGGGCUGCACUUCCUGCACGUCUCCGUGCUCCCAGUGGCUCACACAGUGAGGUACUAGGACAUUGAACUCAAAUCUUCUCGUGGUACAGAAUGAAUUAUUCAACUACUGAAAGAUGCUCUGAGAGAUUUAGUUUGCUUUUUGAUUGUUAGAUUUGCCCAGUCAUCAGUACAAAGUCAUUAAUACACCUAUUGGUAGAAAGCACAUUAACGUUCGGUGGCGUUUGUGACCCUCCCAGUAGUGCAAUUGUCACUGCCAUUAGUAACAGCUCUGCUGAUGGAAAAAGUCUUAACACUGGAGAGUUUAUCAAGUCUGUUACUACCAAGAUGGAGCUAAAAAGACUUUAAUUUAUUAGUCUCCUGGGGGAGCCAAGGACCCAGACAUACUGAGGCCUGCCCCUACUUUUAAUGGAUUCCAGUGGAUUGAAAAAGUUAUUCCAGUACUUUCCAGGAGUGCCAUGUGCCAUACAUUUGCCAGUUCUGUGACAGGAGUUUAGCACCUGGAAAUACUUUUCUAACCCUAGAUGUUCAUUGGUGUCACAAAAAGAAGUGCAAAUUCUUUUCCAGAUGAUUUGAAGGCAAAUUUCUGGGGAAAGUUUACUGACCAUCUACAUCCCAAUGGGAUUUUGCUCUCUAACUUACAGCUCUGGUUUGUGAUGUCUGUGAUCACUGCAAAGGCAGUAAUACUGUCCUUCAUGCCAUGGGUCUGGGGUCAUGUUGAUGCACAAGUGACCACCAUCCACACCCUUGCAGUCAUGGGCAUGGUAAGAUCUUGAAAUUCAGUGACCUGAGGUGCAGGUGGGAGUAUCCUUGUAAGCUUUCUCUUUGGUCCAAUGUAUGCUGGAGUCUUUUCCCUGAAGCAAAAAUGAGGAGUUCAGUUUAGGACUCCAAUAAUGUAAAAUAAAGGCAUAUGGUUUCAAAUAUAGCUACUGAUUAUAGGCAGCUUUAGAUUUUGGUAACCCCUCCUGAGAUACCCUAGAGGAAACUUGACUUUUAGAAAGGACUGGGAUUUCCACCUUUGGGGAAAAGAAAGGACUCCCGAGAGAUUAAGUUUUUCAUCAUUGUCAUCGU